CAAUAUACUCUCAAAAGAGGCCAAAGAUAGUGCAACAUGAAGGGUUUAGUUGGCUAUGUGAUGGCUAUGGAGAACCAUAGGCCUUAUGUUGCAAUGCUCUUCAUACAGUUUGUGUAUGCAGGCAUGGCCUUGUUCUCUAAGGCUGCAAUUGCAAAAGGAAUGAACCCUUAUGUGUUUGUGGUUUAUCGACAAGCUUGUGCCUCACUUGCCUUAGCUCCAUUUGCUUUCUUCUUGGAGAGGAAGAAAGAUGCUCCCCUGUCUUACAGUACACUCUGCAAGAUCUUCUUGGUUUCACUAUGUGGGCUGACCCUGAGUUUAAAUCUCUAUUAUGUGGCAAUUGGUUUCACCUCUGCAACAUUUGCUGCGGCCACCACCAACACAAUCCCUGCCAUUACCUUUAUCAUGGCUGUUUUCAUAGGGAUGGAGAGCAUUCCCAUGAAACAUUUCCAUGGAAUAGCCAAGGUGCUUGGUUCUGUUGUGGGUGUUUCUGGGGCUAUGGUGUUUGCUUUUGUCAAGGGUCCUGCUCUGAAGUUCAUGGACUGGUAUCCAGAAAUCAAGAAGGGAAUUUCAGACCCGUCUGUAGAGCAAAACUCCAAAGGAGAGUGGAUAAAAGGCUCCCUGAUGAUGCUUGCAGCCAACACAGCCUGGUCUCUCUGGCUUAUUUUACAGGGUCCAAUUAUCAAGCAGUAUCCAGCAAAACUACGCCUCACUACUCUUCAGUGCUUCUUUAGCUGCAUACAGUCAGUGGUUCUGGCUGCUGUGGUGGAGAGGAACCCAUCAUCAUGGAAGCUAGCAUGGGAUCUUAAUCUUCUUUCCAUCGCCUAUUGUGGCAUUGUUGUCACUGGGAUUACUUAUUGGUUGCAAGUUUGGACUAUAGAGAAGAAAGGACCCGUCUUCACAUCCAUGUUCACUCCAUUGGCACUAAUCAUAACAGCUGUCUUCUCAGCAUUCUUGUGGAAGGAGACCCUUUACUGGGGAAGUGUUGGUGGGGCAGUAUUGCUAGUGGUGGGGCUCUACUGUGUUUUGUGGGGGAAGAACAGAGAAGAUGGGAAAAGUGUAACAAAUGAACAAAGACAAGAAUCAAAAGAAGAAAUCGUGUUGGAGUGCAUUACACAUCACUGACAUAUAGGGUUGGAAUUGUAGCAGAUGCUAUAAUAAUGGAUAGUACCACUAUAAGGGAUUGCAUAAAUUCUGCAUUCCAUUUUUAUUUUUAUUUUUAGUUUCUUCUUAGUUUGUACUUUUCAGGUAAAAAAACUACCUGUAUAUAGAUAAUAUUUGUGAAACCAUUCUUGAGCAGAUGCAAAAAUUAAAUGGUAGGAGUGUAUUGAAGGAA